AUGCCUGCACUCGGAACCGAAAUUCCGCACAGCGUGCUCGGCAUCGAUGACCAGCCUCAAAUAGCCAGCGCUACAGCGUUCGCUGCUCAGUCUAGUGCUGAAUUUCAGCUCUCACCACAUGAAGAAGCCUCAUCUCAAGAUCCUCCUUCACGAAAUGACUCUCCAGACGGGGAGACUGGCGAUCUUCGUGGCCCACGGAAGCUGCGGAAGAGCUCAGACAGCCUGAAGCGACCGCGCGCAAACUCAUACCAAGCUGGUCCCUCGAUCCCGGUGCCUGGUAUCAGAGCCAGUGCAACUAUGCCCCUCUCCGAGCCGCGGGGCCGAAGCGUUUCGUCGCAUCCAACACUCUCAGUAACGGAAAUAGGCGCACCACCAGCCAUGCCACCGCCUCCUGUUCCUCGACCAGUCUCACGAGGACCCUCGCCAAAGAGCGCAAAUCAAAGCCCAAAUCGAGGCCGACUUCGUAAGAGCUGGAUGCCUGGUGGCCGAUCAAGAUCAAACUCUGGCGACGUUUCUUCACCGAAUGCCAAGAUGCAAGCUUGGAUCAUGACUGAAGAGACCACCUCUGAAUAUAAUCCCUCGCUUCUAAAGAACGCUGAAAAGGUCCCUGAGUUGUGGAAUGAAAGCGGUGAUGUGCUCGUCUACCUAUAUCCUAGAAGUAGUGGCCGUGGGCCUAGCUUCAAGGUGCCUGAAUUCACCAUCAGCUCGUCAUAUCUCUUCAACGAGUUGCUAGCUUCAGAAAUGGCUGCAGCGAUCGGCCAUCCCCGUUCCAGGAGCUUCGGUGGCAGAGAUAGCUUGUCCGUUGACGAUGCCAGUCGCAUGCAGUCCCCGCCGACAGCCUCAUCUGAGGAUUAUUCGGGUGAACUAAAAUUGUACCUGCCGGUAGCGCGUCCUUCGGCUUCAACACAUUUAGUCGCGCCCGGUCAAGGCGGUGAUAAUGAACAGGAUCGCCUGAUAGCCAUCCGCAACUUGUUUGCCUUCCUUACUGGUCAGCCUCUAGUUGGUACCAAGACACGACCAACUGUCUUCCUUGCCUUUUUGGAGAUCGCGGAACUUUUGGAGGAGUACAGCUUCGCUGGAUUUGAUGGAACAGGGUUCGGCAAUGCUGUUGAUAUGAGCUUCAGCUUCUAUUGCGACCAUCUGGGUUUAUCUGACUGCAGACACAGCCGCGAAAAGACUGUCGAGGCACUCAUUCUGGGCGAGCGCAUGAGAAACAUUGAGCUGUACAAUGAAGCAUUUGCUCAUGCUGCUGGCAAAUACUCUGCCAUUAUCGAUCUUCGUCUUCCACUAUUCGACAAAGUCUCUCCAAGCACUCGGCAGCGUCUUGAACGCGCCCACAUUGACCUGGUGAACCGCCAACAAAAUGUCAACGAUUAUCUUGAACAGUUCGAGUUCCCAUCGAUUUUUGCAGGCAUCGCAAAUUCGACGUCAAUCACCGAGAUGCGGAAUAUCAGAUUCAAACUUUGGCGGAAUUCGUUCACCCGAAUGCGAUCGUUCAUGCUCAGCUACUACAAAUCUACGUUUGGCAGUUGGCCUCCCAAGGCCAGCAGCAAGAAGAACCCUUUCAUGGAGAGCGGCUUGAACCGAUUGGUUUUAAAAAUGCUCUACUCAGAUAUGUGUGCUCUGUACGACUUGCUCGUGGAUAGAACCGACUUGACCUCUAGAGUCAUCGACCAUACACCGGAGCUGUCGUCCGAUCCCGACAAGAUUACAAGAUCGGCGAUUAGAAAUAUCAUGUCUGAGUACGAUCGUUCAAGACCGCCUGUUCUGCCGCCAAUUCCAUUCGACUUGCCUCAGCUGCCGACGGUUCAAGCUAUUCAUGAAACGUACGCCAACCUGUCCGCCAAGGAUCAAGCCAAAUUCGACAAGAAGCUCAAGGAGCACGAGUUGCUUCUCAUUUUGAACAAGGCCUACAACUAUGAUACCAACAGCAUCAAACUCCCAUUCCUCGACCAGUUCAAGGAAUUCGAGAGCCGAGAAGCAAAGGGCAAGAUGAAGCAGGACCUUGUUGACCAGCGAAUUGGCUACUGGAUUUUCCUCUAUGCCGUCCUUCAGUCACUCCCUAUGCUAGUUGUGGAUGCGCCCGGCCUCAAGCACACCGAGGGAACGGAGUACUUCUUGUGCCAGCCUCCUAUGGGCCAACCCCCAUGGGCGGAAGAUGGCCAGGUCCGCAAGAUGUGGUACGAGGUAGCUGGCGGUGGUGGCGUAGUCGAGCUGUCGGCAGACGCUGUUAUGUACAGUGUGGAAGCCACAUAUCACCGAAGCCAUUGCUGGCUUGCGGCCAAGCAAUGGGAAGGGUUGGAUGGGGACGAUCGGCCACCGCCGGAGGCAGUCAUGUCACCUCUAGAACCGCCACGAGCGAUUUUCGAGGGUGGCGACGGCAUCCUCGGAAACCAGUCUCAAGUUGCUGGUCCCAGCACGCCAUCGCCGCCUCUCGGAACACCUCCACUGACAGGCGGCCCCCGCAACCUCUCGCCAGGCCGUGCCCGUGCAAACAGUGCAUACCGGUCGAGCAUCCUCAUCGGCCUGGAGCCUCUGGCUAUGGAUCCGCCUGCCAGCCUCUUCGGCCCACAUCAGAGAAGCAGCUCGCUUGGCCCGCGCCCCCAGAGUGCCUUUAUGGGUAGCCGCAGCGUGUCUGGUUCUAACCUCAUUGGCAUGAUGCCGCCAAGAACAGGCACACCCAACACAGUGGCGGCCACUUCUGGAGCUACGUUUGACGAUAUUCUUGCGGGAGGCAAGGACGAGAAGCCUAAAGGGAAGGAGAAGGAGAAGAAGCCCGCGAAAAAGAAGGGUUUCUUUUUCUGA